AUGAAAUUGAGUCUUUUCACAGAAUUCGCUUUGUUUGUUUUACUUGGUAGUUGUCAGGAAAUCACGAUCAAUUAUGGACGAAAGGAGUUUGGAGUCUUGUCAUACAAUAAAGAAAGUACAGAAGGUCCUACGUUUACUUUGAAUGAAAGAAGGGGGGGUCAUGAGCUGGUGAAACAGGCUCAAUGCUUUAAUACCAAUGAUCUCAAAGACCAUGAAUGCUUUUUGUAUUCAUCCAUUACCAAUGCAACCAAUCCUCUACAGAGUUUACAAUUCUGGUUGUAUCUUGACGAAAAUAAAGACAUUGCACGUAUCAGCAUUUCCAGCGGAGAACACCCUGAAGGCGAGGUUGCCGUUAUAAAGGAGAUUGGAUUAGCUCCUGCUCCCGUCCUCAGCAAUGUAGCACAAAUGAAGAAAGAGAAGGGCAAUAUAAGGAAGCCACCAAUGCAAAAGGUUAUAGUGACGAAAGUUGUAGAGGACGAAGACGGAAACAAGGUUGAGGUACAGGAGGAGAAAUUAGUAUCUGAAGAGGAGAACUUGUCUUGGAUUGAGAAAAACUGGAGGUACCUUUUAAUUGGGUUCCUUGUAUAUCUAGCUGUCAGUGGAGGUGGCAAGAGUGAGGAGGAACAAAAAUAG